GCAAAAAGCAGCUUUCCGGCACCUAGCUAAAGAUCGUGCUUGACGUCGCAAUGCCGCUCGUGUCGCUCCACUUAUCCUUAGGAAAGGUUUCUUUGUAUCCUAGGGGACAGGUAUGCACGACGACAUCAACAAAGGCGCGUUCUUGCUGCCCAGGCUUCCGCACCCGGAGGGCAGCGUUUCCAAGAAACACUACGAGGAGCGCAGUUGAUAUCCGGGAGCUCUCAAACAUCAUCACAAGCCGGGAACUCGAGAGUGGGGAGCAGCAACACGCCUUGGAGGAGCUUGGUCGUGCUCUGGGUGAGCCUCUGGCCACCAUCAAGAACAUGGCCUUCCGCCAGAAGGGCUUGCUAGCGCUGGACGCGGCGCAGAUUAAAGAGCAUAUCGAGCAGGUGGCGAAGAUUGUGGACGUAUCGUACGAGAAGGCCCGCCAGAUGUGCGUCAUCCAGCCCAGCCUGCUGACCGAUACGCAGCGUCAGGCGGAGGCGCUUCAGUACGGCUUGCGCAUUAUCUGCCACGACCUGAAGGCGCCCAAGGACGAGAUUGUGGACCUCAUCAUCGCCAACCCCUCCCUGCUGCACGGCCGUAGCAUGCGGCUCUCCGUGGCGGACAUGGCCCAUUUGGCGCUGCUGCGGGAGCCGCGGGGACGCAUUGUGGACUAGGCUGGGACCCUAAGGGGAGGGGGACGGCGGGAAGGGUGAAAUGGGAUAUGGAGAGGAGAGUGAGGCCGGUACGCUUCGGGAGCGCUGUCGGAAGCAGGCGGAUGUACCACUACUGCUUGUUGUUGUUUUUUGCAUUGUGCGGUAAUUUAUUGGGUGGUUUGGGUACAGGUGGGCCUUUGGGCCGUUGGGCCGGCUCUGUGGUUUGGGAUAAUAUGUUGUAGUGUAGUGCAUCAUUACUGUGUAGCUAUCGCGCUACAACAUAAUAUGUGGGGAGUUUGGGGGUCGUGGUUGAAAUGUUCUCGCUUGCAUUGCGUGCGUGUGUUACAGCGCGUCGAUGGGCGGAGGCUGGGUGCGACCUGAAUGCGACCAAUGUGUGAGGAAAAGGCCUGUAGCUUGCGGCUGGCGCUUUGCAGCAGUGCAAAUUGUAGCCCUCGCUGCACUUGAGUGUGUGCAGUACGUGUAGAUUAUGGGACCGGGGCAGUCCGCGUAGCUACUGGCGAUGACGUUAGCUGCCCGCUCUUGUUACCCGAAAAAUCACGAUUCAGAUGCGAGUCAGGACGUUGUGCAGCCUGACAUCCCAGGCAGCGGACAGUGUUGGAUCUGCAGGUCAAUGUUCGAUUCAAUGUGACCUUGUCGUUAUCUAAGGUAAACACAUAGAUAGGCGCUUUGGUGCGCGGCAGACCGGAAGCUGGCGAAUGGGCCGCGGGCCAUACGACGUGUACAAGCUUAAAAUUUUAGCAGGCCAAGACCCACACGCCUACCGUAUCGCGGCGCAGUUGUACACGCAUUGCCCAAGAACUGAGCGUGAUGAAGCUUUCCAUGUUAUCCGAUAUUAAACACCCGACAAAAAGGCAGACCGCCGUGUCGUUCGAUAUCGUGAUCACCGAAACAUUGUAUACCCGGGGCAUCCAGCACUACUAAAGAUGUCAUCGAUUGGCGUGGUAUGAUUGAUUGGCGGUGGUGCAUGUGCCACAUUUUCAAGCCGCCAUCCCACAACUUCAUGCAGCUUCUUUGCCCGGAAAGAUGUUUUUUCACGGUGCGCACCAUUACUACCAUAUGAUGUAUUACGGCGCGCAGAACCCGAAGGGAGUGCAGACGCCUGAGAGCGUAGAGCACCGGGGACACACUCUCAUGCGGCCUAAGCUGCUGCGCAGUCUUAGAAGCCGAGCAAUAUAUAACCCUGACGUAGGGGACUAAUGUGCCUGGCGGAAACCUCCUCUCAUCGAAUGAUGAUCAUGAUGGCGUCAAAACCUUGAUCCGCCCUCGAAGUCGGCAACCCAUAAACGCCACGGCCGUGUAGGUGGCCCCGGUGCUCUUCCCGGCGGUUCGGCUCGGCCAGCUCCCCGACACCGCUACGUGAUUGAUGUAGAAGCCGCAUACAGGAGGUCAAAGCCUGGCAACGCUCCGAUGCGACGACUCCGGCCGGGGUUGACAAAAUACAUGUAUUAGAAGCACUGGCACACACGCAGAGACACACGCACACACUCACGGCUAGCCGGCGCGCAAAGCUGUAAUCAUUUGCGCCCCCGGCGGACGCUCCUGUCCUCGUCGAAAAUAAGUAGGGUGUGCCUGGGAGGCGGGAAGCGUAUAUUGAAUCUCAAAUUUCCGUUCCCUCGCCUGACCACAUGCGCCCACAGCCACGUACCAAAAUGAACGGCAACAAAUCCACGUGUACUGCUAAUGCCAUCCGACCGCCAACCGGGCGGCAAGACACUGCUGCGACUCCGUUCC